UAAGAAGUAAACCAAUAACUUGCUUUAAUGAAAACAAAAAUUAGCCAUAAUGCAUCGCCAGCAUUCUCCCCUUUUGACCUCAUCACUUCACCAUCAAUCUCCAAUCCAAUCCCUUACCUCCACCUUUCCCGCUCUGUAAAACAGAAUACCCUUCUCUGUUCCUUCUUCUUAGAUUCCAUCAUCGCCAUUUUUGGCAAAUCGAAUUGCAGACCCAAAAAUCCAUUACCGUAGUGUAGAUAUUAGUCUACUACUCCCCCAACUUUCCCUUCCUUCAAUUCCUGCUCUCUCUCUCUCUCUCUCUCUCUCUCUAGCUCUAUUUACUCCACUGUUCUACACUACACUUCCCCAUUCCUCCUCCUUGAAUUCCCACCGCCAUCGCCAUGCAUCUCCUUCCUCUGCUCUUCUUCCUCUCUUCUUUCCAAUCAGCUCUCUCCGCCGCGCCCUUCGAUAUCGCCUACCACAUUGACUGCGGCGGCCCCACCAACGUCACCGAUCCAUUCAACACCACCUGGCUCGCCGACCGCUACUACACCGGCGGAUCCGCCACCGUCGUCUCCGAGCCGCUCCACUUCCGCCACCCGCAGGAGAAGACCCUCCGCUACUUCCCGCUCUCAUCGGGGAAAAAGAACUGCUACAUUCUCCCGCUCCCUUCCGGCCGCUACUACUUCCGCACCUUCACCGUCUACGACAACUACGACGGCAAGUCCCACUCCCCUAGCUUCGACGCUUCAGUGGAAGGCACUCUGGUCUUCUCCUGGCGCUCCCCCUGGCCCGAAUCCCUAGCUCGCGACGGCGCCUACUCCGAUCUCUUCGCCUUCGUCAAGGACGGGGAGGCGGAUGUCUGCUUCUACAGCAUCGCCACCGACCCUCCCGUAAUCGGCUCGCUCGAAAUCCGCCAGGUCGAUCCGCUGUCCUACUCCGCCGGCGACCUCGGCGACCGGUUUAUUUUGGUGAAUUACGGCCGAUUGUCCUGCGGGAGCGACCAAUGGGGGCCGGGUUUCACCAACGACGUCGAUUACUUCGGCCGGUCGUGGCAGUCAGACGAAGAGCUCCGCACUCCCAACACGUCUAAAAUUGUCAGCGCCGUCUCUACCAGGGAGUCGAUUUCGGGGGUCAAUCGGGCGCCUAAUUACUUCCCGAUGAAGCUGUAUCAGACGGCGGUUACCGGGAAAGGAGUGCUGGAGUAUGAAAUUCAGGUGGACGCGAAGAUGGAUUACCUGCUGUGGUUCCAUUUCGCUGAGAUUGAGUCCAGCGUCAACAAGAAGGGGCAGAGAGUCUUCGAUGUGUUGGUGAAUGAGAAGAACGCCGGCAGAGUUGAUGUAUUUGCGCAGGUGGGGAGCUUCGCAGCUUACAGUUUUAGCUACACUGUGCAUAACUUGAGCAGCACUACUCUGAGCGUGAAGCUGGUGCCGGUAGCUGGUGGCACGCCUAUUAUUAGCGGGAUUGAGAAUUACGCUCUUGUUCCCAAUGAUAUUGCCACUUUGCCAGUGCAAGUGGCUGCCAUGAAAGCAUUGAAAGACUCUCUCCGAGUUCCUGAUAGGAUGGGUUGGAACGGUGAUCCUUGUGCUCCUACGAACUGGGAUGCUUGGGAAGGGGUUACAUGUCGUCCAGACAUUAACGAUACAGGCCUUGUUAUAUCCCAAAUAGAUCUUGGCAGUCAAGGCCUUAAAGGGUUUAUAAGUGAUCAAAUCAGUCUCCUUACGAAUUUGGUAAACCUGAAUUUGAGUGCCAAUUCAUUGGGAGGAACCCUACCUGAUGGCCUCGGUCAUAAAUCUCUAGUCCGGCUGGAUUUAUCAGACAAUCAGUUCACAGGUCCCAUACCAGAAAGUUUAACUUCUUCCAGUCUGAAAUUAAUGUUAUUGAAUGAUAACCUAUUAGAAGGGCGAGUCUCAGAAGAACUUUAUUCUAUUGGUAUGCAUGGUGGAUCCAUCAACCUUUCAGGUAACAAAGGCUUGUGUGGUGUACCCUCAUUACCAGACUGCUCCUUAGUGUGGGAGAAUGGUCACUUAUCCAAGGGUGGCAAAAUCGGUAUCGCCAUAGCUUGCCUUGUGGUAUUCAUUGGGAUUCUUUUCGUGAUCUACAUAUGCUGGAUCAGAAGGAGUAGACAUGAUUAUGACUUUGCUCCACCUCAUGACCUAAUGUCAAUGGCAGCAAAAAGGAACAGAUACCAAAGACAGAAGUCGUUGAUGCUUCUGGAAAUGGAGAGUCAACAUGCCAAGGCAUUAUCAUCACCAGGUCCCAACUAACUAACCCAAGUCAAAUAUCCGACGAGGAUAAACAUAUUCAUCUAUCUGAGCAACAAGAUUUUACGACACCCCACCACAACUCAAAUGGAACACUGGAUCAGAAUGAACCGGAGACGACGGCGGACCCAGAAUGCGACUAGUGGAAAGUUGUUAGCCAAGAAAGCAAGGUGGCCGUUUGAGCUGUAAGAUGAUCUGACCUUUGCUUCCUUCCCUUCCCCAGUUUUGGAAUCCGUUGCAUGGGGGAACAGAUGGGGCCAGUGAAAGUACCGCAUGAAUACAGCCUUUAUACAACAACACACAGAAAACUGUCUAUAUGAUGAAUUGAUGAUGAUGGUGCAAUGUAUCUUGCACUACACAUUGCACCAAUUUUUUUGGUUUGUUUGGAUUCCCCACUGGCCAAGAAAAGCAAAUUGGAUAAGGCUUCCCAUUCUUGUGUAACUCACCACCAUUUGUGCAGCUUUGUGGGGACUGUUGCUGCUGUGUAAUGUGAAUUGUCAACAUCCUGUAGUCUCAUCUUGAAAAUGGCUUUACAGCAAUUUAUUUUGUAUGCACCAUAAAAGGAGAGUUGGUUGCUCUUUGUUUGGUUCUUCUUGGGUGGGCAGAAUGUCACAUUCUGGUUUGCUGAGGGCUUCCUUUUUGAUUGCUUUGCUUUUCGUAACUUCAUAUUAUUAGAUGGCUCUAGCUUACUGUAACCAUGGGGGACAGUCUGAUUAUCCUUUUUGAUUACUUGUUGUUUGUGAUGUUCUAAAUAUUGGGCCUUCCGCAUGGGCUUGUUCCGCAAUCCAGGGGUAUGUUUCAUCAUGAGAUAACGGCCCAUCACAUUUUGUAGAGAAGCUAUAGAGUUGUUAGUAAAUCGGCU